ACCUUGCGGGUUUCCUCAAUAUUUUGCUCGCAUUCUUCUUCCUCUUUAACCUGCUGCAACCCUAGCAGCAAGGUUUCUCUUACUCGCAAGACGUCGAACAGGGCUCAGUCAAUGGGAUCGUGGAGACCAUCCCUUGAUCCCCGUGCUGUCGAACGGCGUUGCAAGUGGAAGCUCUGCACCACAACCCUCGAUGGCAGUCAUGCGAACGGGAGAGAGGCCGAACGCACACGCGGGAGCCAACGUCAACAAGUCAACGUCGAUUAAUAAAUGUUGUGUUGACGUAGGGAUGCGUGGAACACAAUUCGGAGGUGGGCAUGGACACGGGGUCGUGACGGAGAGGUGCUUGCGCAUGCAUGGGACGAUAUUGGAGCAAUGCCGCCGGCAGGAAGGCUCCCUACGCCGCUACUGCCCAUCAAGCGAUCAAAUCGAGCUUCAAGGCUUCCACAUGGGAAGAUCAAUAAAGAGGUUGGCCGAGCUAUCCCAUCUGCUUCCAUUGACCUUCUAACAACGACAACUAGCAAGGAUGCCACCGGGACUAAGAAGUUCGAUCUCGGCCUCGCCGGGAUUAAAAGAAGGACCGCCCUCUCAUAUCACGAGCUAGAGGGAUCGCUCGCCCCGCCGUUGGCCAGCGAUGGGUUGGCUAUUUCCACAGCAAACGUUGACGAUGUCAUCGCCAUUCGCCUUAAAGGGGGAGGCAAUUCUAUCGUAGGAAGAAGAUGAAGAAGCAACGUGAAGUUGCUGAUGAAACCACAUAUGAAUCCUUGCCGCCGCGAGAGGGAGCCCUCGUCGUGUUGGAGAAAGCCAAGGAUGAAGAUGAAGCUAUUUCCCUCGAUGUUUCACCGCCACGUACCAUCGAUGUAACAAUAGUGGUUGCGCCUCCAUUGAUUCACAAGGCGGAGGCUGGCGAACUCGAGUAAGGUACUCUGGGAGUGGUCUGUUCUGAUUAUGGGCAAGUGAGUCACGAGCCCAUGCCAAGAAGGGAGAUGACGAGUAGGCUGGAGGGCGCGAAUGGAAAGCUGAAGGUGGCCACCAUAAUUUCCACCAUGAGUGCGGCUACUGUAGACUCAUCUCCUACCAUGGUUCUAUCACCCAACACUUUAAUUUGAUGUCAUUUGCGGGACGACUUGGAACACAAUCAGGAGGUAGAGGAAAUCACGUGAGCAUGCCCAAUAAUUAUUUAGAAGGAAAGAAAGUUUAUCAUGGGUCUCGUGGCAUUUGGGAAGAGUCAACAACACGAGAAGUUCCCUCGAGCCUGCAUUCAGCUAAAAGGCUCUUGAUGCUUGGAUCGCCAACUACACGUAUUGGGAUGAUAGCUAAUAAUGAUGGGGGAUUGGACUGGGUACUGAAGCUUAAUUGGAAGUAUCGCAAACGCAGGUGUUGUCGUCCAAACCUCACCAUUGCUCAUUACAAGUUGCGUGGAAGCUUCUUCCUUAUCGAUCCAGGUUGAGAAGUCGCCUGAACUUCGGGGACGAAGUUUUUCAAAGGGGGGAGAUUUGGUGCAUUAUAACUCUCGUGGGCCUUGGUGCCGAGUUGGGCUUAGUAAUUAGGGGAUUGUUAUUAGUUAAUUCUCAUAUUAUUGUGGCUAUUCGUAUUAGUUUAUUGUGUCUUGUUGAGGAAGUUAGUGUUUACUUGUUGGGUUAGGAUUAGUUUACCUUGUUGGAGAGGGAAAGGGUUAGGAGAGUAGUCAUAUAAAUAUGUACUUUGUUCUUUCGGUUUAAUCAAGCAAUGAAUAAGAGUAAAGUAAAUUAGAGUAAUUUAGCUAUCUUUAUCGCGUUUCAUUAGUUUCGUAGAAGAGUUCGAGUUUCACGAUACGUGAGAUUCCGCAAUCACGCAUCAGACAAACCGCUGUGAACCGCACGGAACUAUUUUUGCGGUCAAUCCAAAGCGCACCGUAAAGCUUGCGGUCUCACUUGCGGUCCAACUAUUAAGCGGUCAAUGGUUUGCGGUUUGGAACGACCAAAACCGCACUGUUGUGAUUCAAAACCGCAAACCACUAAAAGGUCACUCAAAGUCGUCGUCCACUGGUGGCGCAACCGAUUUCCACUGCCGUUCCCCAACUUUCCCAUUCCUCUAGCUUUCUGUUCUCGCCGCCUUCCCCAGCUUCUCGUUCCCUCUUGACGAUCCUAUUGGGAUGAAUAGCUUUGAAAAGUUAUAAAUGAAAUUCCUAAUUAAUUAUCCAGUAUUUUCCCAUAAUACGAAAUAAGAUGGAUAAUUAAUAAAAGGAAUCAUGAAGAUAAUUAGGAUUAAUUAUCUUAAUAGAUUUUAUUUUAAUUA